CAUUUGGAGGGGACUGUAUAUUGUUUGAUAAUAUUGGGAUGAUAUACGGCGUGGCUUUUCUUUUAUUUCCUCUAAUUGUAGUUGUAAAUGUUGAGUUGGGUUUUUAUGUUGAGGUAUUAUUUUUGGGAUGUUUACUUCUUUCUGCUGUCUGGAGAAGUGAAUACACAUGCUUGUGUACAAGGCAUAAGGACUCACUGAAUGAUUUGAUGAGACAUAAUGAAUCAUAUGUUUUGCACUUGACUGUCACCAGUUCCCAGCUGAACACACAAUAUGGGAUCUUUCGACCGGAUUCUUUGCCAACAUCAUCAAGAAACCAGUGACGACAUGUUCUUUGAAAGAAUGGAUAUAUAUAUGAAAGAAUAUAUAUAUAUAUAUAUAUAUAGAUAGAUAGAUAGAUAUACACUUGUGAAAAACUGUAAUCACAAGGGUAAUACUACAUGGAUAUUAAAUAGAAAAGACACAGAAUUGCCUCCAGUCUAAAAGAGCCUAAAUUGUUUACCUAUGAAAAAAAUCAAAAGCACGUGCCCAAAACCAAAGGUAAAAGAAAAAAAAAAAGGUUUAACUUCCUGUGAUGCAACCAGUGAUAAAUUCAACCUCAGUUCCAUCGCUCAUUCACUGUCUGAGACAUCAACAGCAGCAGGGCAGCCCCCGAGAGACAUGAAGUGUCUGCAGCUCCUCUUGGUGUGUUGGUGCUCCAGCAUCCUUGCAGUGACCAGCUCCAUCAGAGUUGAUUCGUGUGUGAGUGACUAUCGGGACACAAUUACUUGUAACAUCCCUGGUAAUCCUGUGGGACAGUCUAACACCACCUACAGCCUGAAGUUUAUUAAUUGUAGAAAUGGAGAGGAGUCCUAUUCCUGUCCAUUUGUGAAGAUGAAUUACAAUUACAGCUGUGACUGUAAAAUCAAGAACUUUUCUAGUUAUGAUUGUUAUGAAAUACAUCUUUGUCAAAAAUCUGGCUGCCAUAAGAAAAUAGAUAGUUUUGAACCAUCACAGAACAUUCAGCUGACACCCCCGGAUAAAGCUGAGGUCCAGAAAGCACCAGAAACGUUCAACAUCACUUGGAAAAGUGGGUAUGAAGAUCAUAAGUUCUUCUCCGGAAAACUUAAAUACCAGCUAUUACUUCAAACAUCGCAAAGACCUGAGCAAAAUCUUAAUUGCGAUAAGAAGUGGCUAUCGAUUGAAAGAUCAAAUCUCAAACCAGGUGCUACAGCUUGUAUUAAAGUGAGAUCUAAACCUAUUCUAGAUGAAUAUAAAGGAAAUUGGAGUAAAUGGAGUCCACUGACAUGCUGGAAAAAUGAGGCAGGUGAAGUUUUCUCAGAACAAGAAAAUAUAUUAGUCAUUUUGACUAAAUCCCUGGGCCCAGUGUGUGUGGCUGUUGGACUCCUGCUGUUUGUAUUGUGCAGUCCCACUGCAAGAAUGAAGAUAAAAACUUUGUCCCACACACCAUCGCCAGCCCCUUUCUUCCAACCUCUGUUUCACCAGCAUGAAGGCAAUCUCCAGGAAUGGCUUUCACCUCAAGGCAAAUGUUUGCUAACAUACAAAACUGAGGAGAUCUUGACAACCGAUGCUAUGAUUGUUGUGACGAAACCCAUUACAAAGGACCCAGAGGAGAACCAGGACUUCCACAACCCUUCAGUACCACAACUGGCAUUUCCUCAGUGUCAAACCUCUUAUGUUGGCUUACCUAGGAUAGAUGAGGCCUCCCCGCCCUUAACUAUGGUCUGUCCAGGGAACACCUCUUACACUCAGCUCCCUUGCUCUGUCUGGGGGGUUGGCAUUGGAGAAGUAGAGGUUGUCUUCUCUCCACCUAAAGAUUUCUUCAACAUCAGCCAAGCAGACUCUGGCUGCAGUUGUGAUGACAUGACUCAAAGCCCAGAGUGCAGUUUACCAAACAGUCCUGUUGAUGAUAGUCCACCACCAUGUUACUGUAAUGAUUACUGCAUUCUCAACAAAACAGCAGAAGGUUUUGCUCCAGUUUUAGUGUCCAAAGGAGGUGGCCCAGAUGUUCCAUCUGAUUCCAUGCAAGAGGAUAAGAGCUAAAAAUAAGAAAUAAUCAUGUCAGCUGGUUAGAAGAAAGCAACUGGUGACACUGACCACAAUUGACCACUGUAUAUUGCAUUUGCAGGAAAUGGUCAUAAUCAGACUUUUCUUGCACACACUGUAUGUUAUGUGGUCCAUAUAGCACUUUUUCUUUAGCCAGUGCAGGUUUUUGUGUGUUUUUAUGCCUUGAAUUCCCUACAUCUAUGAACCAUUUAAAUGUGCUUCAUAAUCACUCUUUUUAUGAGAGAAACCAACACAUAACACAUAUGGUAAGCUUCAGCCAACUGUCUAACUUGCAUAUUUUACACUGACUGCAGAAUGUGAUAACAUUUCAUAUCAACUUUCAUGUUUUUUCUUUUGCAAAGCCUAAUGUUUUUACAUUUGCCUGUGUUUGUAUUUUGCCUUCACCUUUUAAUGAAGAAUAAGUAAAGUGGCAUCAAGUAAAAUUUCCAUGACAACUGGGCAGACUGUGAUGUGAUAUGAGAACAACUACUAAAUGGUUUCCAAUGUCAUGAAUGAAUUUGACCUCUUUAACUAUUUUAGUGAGAUGCUGACUAAAUUUUGAAAGGCUGUAGUUAGUAAUGCUGUUGAAUUGAAAUGUCUUUUCAAAUUGUUUGCUCACCGCAUAUAUUAUAUCAGUGAGGGUGAACUAAAUAUCAGAAACUGCACUCAAGUACAAUACAAUACAGUUCGACAGCACCACAAACUACAUCCUCCAAAGUGACCAUUAAGAUAAUUUAACAACUGUCUAAAACACUUACAACAGAUGUUUUAAUAAGGACAGCUGUGCAAGUGGAUUUUUUUUUAUGUUUGUGGACAGCGGCUUUGAAGCCUCAAAUUUGGCAGUUUGGCCGCUGCCAUGUUGAUUCUUUGCAACCAGCGCAACUAGGUCGCUUGGUUAGCUAGGUGCAUCUGUAAUUCACAUCAUACUAACCAUGAUGAUCAUUUUGUUUAGCAAAAAACAAGUUUAAAACAAAAUGUACUCACCAGAGGAAAUUAGGAGGCCAACUCCAAAUAAGCUUUUUUACCUGCGCUUGAUAAAUUUACACUGUGAUGUGAGUACGAGUCACUCUAGAAUGAUUUACAUGGUUGCCAUGGUAGCAACUUGUCAAUCACAAGAUAGUCCCACCCUAAAGCAUACUCUGCUUUAUGGUCUAUUUUCCUCUAAAUUGGACCAUCAUUUACUAAAUGAACAAUGCUGUAUUGAAGAAGACAUGAAACUAGCAACUAAGACCAUAAACUCAAUAUGAAACUAUUUACUGAGGUAGCAAAUCAGGUGAGAAGGAACUUCUUUUUGCAAUCAGUGGAGUCGUCCCCUGCUGGCCGUUCGAUAGAAUGAAGGUUUAAGGGACUUCCGCACUCGCCUCACUUUUCAGAUGGCUCCGGCUUGGUCUGUUUGCAGCCCUUGCCAUGAUAUCCAUACUAAGAAUACAGAGCUAGCUUCUUCCGAAGAACUUACAUUGCACAUUAUAUACUUUUUGCUUAUUCUGCUGAAGAGUCGUGUUGGUGCCAAAAAGUAUUACACUGUUGUCAUGAUAAAUGUACUGCCCAGGAUUCCAAUGUAAGAGCUGCCAUUUACACAAGUGAGUGUACCAUUAAAAUUAUUUGAUGUCUGAAUUCAA